AUGGCUCCAGGAGAUAAAAGAAGCAACGCAGUUCCUACCCUUACCAUACCCAAACCGCAAACUCAGCUACAACAGCCCCUGGAGGCAAAGACAGAAGUCAUCAAGAAGGCUGAAAGUGAUAAUCAAGAUGGACCAGAGAGAUUUGCAUCAUGGUAUCCCCUUCUACAAAAAGUCAGACGUGAGAACCCUAACCUGCAACACCACGGCGCGGUUAUCGCACAAGUAUGCCCAGACAAGGUUCAAGAAAAUGAAGACCCGGACUGGAUCCCAAAAGAUUGCGAUAAAGUAUGGAUGAACAAACUCGUCCCUUACCAGGAGUAUCCAGCAGUGCAAUUGAAGAACGGCAUUCUCACGCCCCAAUUGUCCAAACCGCCGAGGAAUUUGAAAUGGCUGCAAAAGCGACUUUUACAGCCCCGGGUUGAUUCCGACUGGACGCUCGCAGGGUGGCAGAAAUACAAAGCGUAUCCCCAUUUCAAGCGGCAUCGAGAUCUUACUAGGGCAGCCAUGCGGUAUUUGUUCAAGAUAUUUCCAGAGCGGUCCGGAUAUCAGAGGGCGUACUAUCAGCGCUGGUACGACUUCCCCGAAUAUGCGCCUUUUGCUCAGGGCCUCGAGCAGCCUUGUCCUGGAUUCAUCCAAGGAUUCUCACUGGAAGUUUAUAGAGGCAUGGAUGUUGAGUAUUUAAGUGCGGCAGUAUGCUAUCGAUCCGGUGGUCGAUCACUUACUCUCCCACACAUGUCUGGUGAGUUUGCAGUGGGAACUCUGGAGGCCGAAGAGGCGGUGAAUGCACGACAUGGCGCGGCGCUUGUUUACAUGAGAAAUGCUACUCUUUUGCAUGCCAAGAUGAAAAAAGAACCAGAGGAUGUGGCGGUGAUUGUAACAUUCAUCUCAGAUGGCCUGUUUAUCCGCUUCUACGCCCAUUACGAGUCCAAAUCUCCCGACGGCAAGAUAGUAUAUCACCAAUAUCCUAUCCUAGCAGCAAAUCUGGCGGGAUCAUACGACGAGUUUCUCCGAGGCGUUGCCAUGCUUCGGAACUGUCAAGACCUUGCUUUUGUUUUGGCCAUGGAAACCAAGAAUCACCUUGAGCGGUAUCAUGCAGUCAACGGCAUCAAUGCUUGGGUGUAUCAUCUGGACAACGGCGAACACAUACUAUCAGAAAGCGAAGAUAGUGCGGUUGAAGGCGUCGGUGGACAGAAAGACGGUAUCAAGGAAGAUCAAGCCCAGCAGGGGAAACAACACAUCUCUCAGGAUAAAGACACGGGCACCAAAGGCUCAGAAAGUGACUCCAAGGAAAAUGUUCACGGAAACAAAGAUGAGGGCAAGAAGGGUGCAAGUGACCCACAGGAGAAGAGGAAGAAGGAAGAUGAUGCUCAACCUCCGACUACUAGAGUGCUCAGGCCUCGAAAGCGAGCGGUUCAAGAAGACAACAAGCCAACACCGAAACCUCGGAAACGAAAAGCCAAUGAAUAUGCAAUCAAAAAACGUCCAAGAAAGCGCCUAAGACUAAAAAGUUGA